AUGGCACAAGGCUCUCCUGCUGUGCAUAAAACUGACUCUUCUAGUGUCAAUAGUUUUUACACGCCUGCGGUAAUCGCAGAUGUCUCCUAUUUCUUGCAUAGGAGGAGAUGUCCGCAUGCAAGCUUUGUAACGCAGGCUGUACGGACAUGUCCGUGCUGCGUACCUCACAUCGAAAAGCAGGUGUGCGUCGAGGAAGACUGGAACGAGUUUUUCUCAGAUCGCGAUCCGUAGGAUCCGCAGCCAGAGAAUUGUGCUGGAGGUAAGUUACGACGUUUGGAUCGAUUCUACGAAUUUUGUUCAAAGAAAAAUGGAAAGAAAUUGUUUUUAAAUAGCACGAACUUUCCGUAUAAACGGCACAUUUCGUCUAAAAUAAGACGCGGCUUAGCUAAGACGCGUCUUAUUAGAUAAGACAUGCUCGUAUAAAUGGUACAGUUCGCGUCUUAUUUAAGACGCGUCUUAUGUAAAACGCGUCUUAUUUUUCAUCGUAUAAAUGGCCCUAUUGAGGGGGCCUUAGAAAGUGUCCGUAUUAAGCAGGCUGAAUGUAGAGAAAAUGUAAGGGCUUUCCGCAAACUGUCCGUAAUAAUGAGAUGUUUAUAUUGGCGGUUGUCCUUAAAGCGCGGUUUGACUGUUUUAUUAUAUUAUACGUCAAUUUUCGGAAAAUAUCUUUUCGGAAGACGAUUUGAGAUCUAGAAUUUUCGGAACAUUUGUUGUAAUUAAAAUUUCUUGCUUGCCUGCCUCUCCUAGGAUUUUCGAACAUCUAAAAAAUGAUAUUAUUCCCCAUUUUUAACGGAUUUUUACCCUAAACAGGUCGCCUAGAAUUUUCGGGAGCCUUUUUUCUGGCUGGAAAUUUCGAAAAGGAUCACUUGACUUUCAGCUAGGAAAUCCGAACAGACGAAAAAUUUUUAGGGGAUAAAAAUAUGCCUAUAUCUACCGUUUAAAUGCUAAAAUACGUUUAACAAUACUAUGUUUAAGUGGUUUUGAACUAUAUUCUCGUUGGGUGCCCCUGAGGGAAAGAUUUUCACAAGUUGAAGUACAUGGAAAGGUAGGGGAAUCUGUCUUUUAAGUAUUUAAAAGAGCCUUUUUUGAACAGACACACCUUUAAUAUGGCUAUACGAUUUUAAUUGAUUAUGUUCUCCCAGCUUAUGAUCAUCAUUAGCUUCAUUCCAAGGGUUCAGCAAAGACACGCUGUCUUCUUCAGGAAUUUGAGAGUGGCAGCAUUCUCAAAUGAGAAGUAUACAAUAGCUUUUCGUCCAAAAAUGCCCAGCAAAAAUGGUAUUAUAAGGUCAAGAGGUUGGACAUCGGCCCCGUAUAAAACUUUGUUGAAUUCCCCCCCCCCACCCCCACCCCCCUCUAACCACCACCACCACCAUCCACCAUCCGCUAAGCUUGAGGCUGGUCUCAUCCUCUGUGUUUCUCCACCCAGACUCUGCAAUGCUUCAAGGGAAAUUUGAUUUAGAGCUACAAUUUACUACGGUGACAUUUUGCAAGGUUACAAAAUGCUGCAAUGCAAUUUUUUAAAUCAAAAUUUAUAAGAUCGCCAAAAUAGUAUACGAUCAGCUGUUUUGAAAAGCUUAGACAUCCUCGAAAAGGCCUGUGCAAGAGCCCAUUGUUUCGCCCAUGGGAUACUUCCUAUAAUGGCUUAUAUAGGGAGGCUACACCCGAGAGGGAACACUUUUUCAGGUUAGAGGCAAGGUAAGGCUUAUCGGACAGCUAAGGAUUGGCAAUUAACAAAUUUAUUUUCCCAAUAUUUCGACUAGACAAAACUAGUCUCGCAUCAGGGGCUAGAAAAGCUAAGAGAGAAUAGAAUAAACGGUUACAGUAUUAAUAUAAAAGUAAAAUGUGAUUAGUGGAGAAAUACAACAGACGAACACUAAAGAGGUUACUAUAAAAAUAGAUUAAGUUUUUAUCUCGUCUGUUCAUCCCGGGGUCAAGUGUUUUGCCUUUAGAAAUUAAAACUCCUUCGCGGGCCUUACGGAUACUGUUCCUGUGUGAAUUGAAGUAAUUAGUUCUAACGGAAUGAUUUCUAUGUCCUUGAUGGAAUGAUCUGGAAGAUAGAAGUGGUCUGAAACGGUGGCCGGGAUGGCUAAAGUGAUGCUGAUUUAAGGCUUUUUCUAUGGAGCGUCCGUGUUCUCAAAAUCUGUCACUUAUUAUAUAUCGCACUGGAUCAUGUAUUAAAAUGAGAUUUGAAGUGAACAAGAGAUGUGGUAUCGGAUGCGUCCUUGUUCGUUAGUGAAGACAUAUUGGUCAAAUAAAUUAGUAAAUUACCAACCCUUAGCUGUCCUAUCAGCCUUGCCUUUAAUUUUAAGUGUUAGUCUAUAUUGCUAAUCCAGAUCAACAACAGGAUCCGGCUUUCCUUCGCUGCUGUUUGUCCAAGUAGUCCUUGCAAUAAUUGUUCGCUAAUAAAAAAGGGGUAGGGAUUCCAAUAGUUUAAGUAUGCCAGAAGAGUAAGGAAAUCUAACAUUGCGGUCUGUAAAAGGCCCCAAAGGGCUAACAUAUGCCCUUUAUGUCUGUGGACUAGUAAUCGGCUCCUGCUGUGGAUAAGUCGAGAAAACGUGCUGUUGUUUAUUCACAUUUAAAACAGUGCAUUUACAGCAGUGAAAAGGAGUGCAACUGAUGGGGUACAAUUUGUCAUUAAAAGGUGUACGAAAGGUGUACCUUUUCUUUUAAAAAUGGUAUAUAAAAUGGUCAGGGGUUGGACCUUGGGGCGGAGCCUCCCCGUAUAAAACUUUGUUGAGUAUCCUCUCCCCCGUUACCUCCUUUAACAGUUUUCUCUUAAUACUAAUAGUCUUUUGAAAACUGCUACGAUCGGCAUUUAAAGAUAAUGUAAAAUAAAUGCAUAAUUUUUCGGGGAUCACAUUAUGCAGCUGCGGAUCCAGGGGAGAGGCCUCGGGGGGCCCGCUCCCCUUAUUCUUAGACCAAACUGAAACACCUCCCCCCCCCCUCUUAUCUCAGUGUCUGGAUGACCGCCCUCCCUUAUCUGAAGGUCUGGAUCUGUCACUGUUAUGUACCUUUUUGGUUUUUGUGAGCGAUCGCCAUGAUAAUUAAGGGUGAAACAAAAGACAGCACCAUGUUGGCCACAUGGAACCUUCUGUGUGGUCAGUGUUCAUUUUAAAAUUUUGAACAUGGCACAAGGCUCUUCUGCUGUGCAUAAAACUGACUCUUCUAGUGUCAACAGUUUUUACACGCCUGCGGUAAUCGCAGAUGUCUCCCAUUUCUUGCAUAGGAGGAGAUGUCCGCUUGCAAGCUUUGUAACGCAGGCUGUAAGCACAUGUGCGUCCUGCGUUAAACUCACAAAAGCAGGUGUGCGUCGAGGAAGACUGGAACGAGUUUUUCUCAGAUCGCGACCCGUAGGAUCCGCAGCCAGAGAAUUGUGCUGGAGGUAAGUUACGACGUUUGGAUCGAUUCUACGAAUUUUGUUCAAAGAAAAAUGGAAAGAAAUUGUUUUUAAAUAGCUCAAGAUGCUUUGUUACUAGAUACUCUUACCUUCUAACAAACCUAAAGCUCCGAUGGAAUAGUCUGGAACUUUGCAUAUGCCCGUUGCCUGGAUAUGAGGCAAGCUAUUUUGCAUUUGAAAGUAGCACUGCAAAUUGCAUUUUGGCCUUUGUGCAAGGUAAAGACAAGUUGAAAAUUGCUUUUCUCACCCUUCGUCGUACGAUCGACGAAUCUUCUAUUUUGCUGAAAGGGACGGAAGAAAAAACUGCUGAUCUGCGAGGAACGGUAG